GAAAUAUAGGAGUAGAUAGGAAUAGAGAGAUACCACAAGAACUGCAGGGAAAAGCAAGAGAUUAGGGGCAUGGGAAAUGAUUGAGUAACAGUCUAGGUGACAAACACAGAGUGGCAGUCAGAGAGAAAACUACAAUAGUACUGCAGAAAAAUAUUUUUUUUCCUCUUUGUUAACAAUAGAUAAGACAAUACUGAAGUGGUAGAGGGAGAAAGAGAUUGAUAGGUAGGAUACCGGGAGAAAGAAGGGAUCUGCUGCAGUGACAGAGAAUGGGAUAGACAGACUGCAGCAGGGAGAACAGAGGAGAGAUAUAGAGUCUGCAGCAGAGAGGAGGGGGGAGUAGGGGAGGGAGGGAGAAAGAUAGAUUGCAGUGGAGGAAGAAGGAAAGAGUAAAAGAGACAGUGGCAAGGGAGAAUAGAGACUGCAGCUGCUGCAAAUUGUUACAUCCUGAAGCUACAAAGAGAGGACCUAUAUAGUAAGAAUGUUACAAACAGAAGAGGCACUGCUGUGACUGCGCUGAGACUACGCUAGGAGUCUGCUAUCCACCAGGACAAGUGCUGCAGUUUACAGAGUGUGACCACAGGAAGAAACACCAGACACCAUACAAGGAGAGUGGUCAGGUGGACCUGGUAUGCAGGUGUCUGUGUCACAUAAAGAAUAGUCCAUGAAGAGUAUUCUAUACGAGGAAGAGACGGCAUACCCUGAGGCUUUUGUGUUUGCGGAAGAAUAGAAGAAUCUGUGCAAUAAGAAGCCCAUGAACGUUCAACGAGAAGAAUGUCAACACACUACACAUCAUAGCAGGUGACAUCACAUGCCACGUAGUAACACAUAGCAUCAUUUACCAAGGUAUCUCUUGAACAGUAUUAGAUUACACUGUAAAUAAUUAAUAGCAAAGUACCACAUUGCUACACCACUUGGCUGAUUGGUGAACUCAUUGGAGAACAUGACAGAAAUAACAGAAAUUGAUCCACAAAAUUCGGAGCAGCGACUACCAGUGACCAGCAGCAGCGGAGGGUGUGGACUUCCAGAGAGCAAGCUGCAGCGCUUUCGACGUUCUAUCUCUCUAAAGACCAUUCUUCGGAGUAAAAGUGUUGAGAAUUUCUUCCAGAAGCCGAACAAUGAAGCGAAGAUUCCUUCUGAUGUCCUCCUCAGCCCACCUGUGCCACCUCCACCUCCUUCUCCCCCACCUGUCCCAACUGAGCAGCCUCUACAAGCUGACCAGUCCCCUCACCCAAAUCACAAGCCCCUGUCUUUACUACAACCAGUUCGUACUCACAUCUUCCAUGACCAUGUCUUCAAGAAGCAGUGCCCCUGCCAUCUAUGCCAUCAUAUUAUUGUUGGUAACUCCAAGCAGGGUUUGCGCUGUAAGAUGUGUAAGAUCGGGGUCCAUCUGUGGUGUUCAGAGGAGGUAUCACACCAACAAUGUCUGGGGAAGAUGUCCACAUCUUUUAGACGGAAUUUCAGUUCUCCGCUACUAAUCAAUGAGCCUCAUUCCAGCCCCAAGGAGUCACCAGUACCUGCUGCUGGUCCUAGAGGUAAGGUUGAUCCUGUGUAUGAGGCAUUGCGCUAUGGAACCUCUCUAGCCCAUUUAAAUCGUUCCACAUGUAGCAGUGUGUCCGAGUCACCCACCCGCAGCCUGAGUGAGAAGGAGGAGAGACCUGAUGACCCAGAGGGCAGCAUCCAAAGCAGCGAGGACAGUCCAAGCCACCCAGUGUUCUCUGCAGAUGAGGUCGUCAUAAGUGAAGAUACACAUAGUAUGUCGAGUUCAUUGUCAGGCGGCAGGACUAGGAAGGAAAUCUCUCCUAUGUACUGCUAUGUGGCUCUAUAUAAGUUUCUGCCUCAAGAGAUCAAUGAUCUUCCACUGCAAACCGGUGACAGAGUUAUGGUGAUAGAUGACUCAAGUGAGGAUUGGUGGAAGGGAAAAUGUGGUGACCGAACUGGCUUCUUCCCUGCAAACUUUGUGCAGCGGGUGCGGCUGGGAGAGACUGUGUGGAAGAGCACAAUGGCUUUCCAGGGAGUCAAGGAGCAGGGACAACUAAGUCUGAAAGAAGGACAAGUCUGUGUGGGAGUUGGAAAGGUGGAGUCUGAAGGUUUUGUUAAAGUGUCCAGUGGGAAAAAGAAGGGCCUGGUGCCUCAAGACUGCUUGGUUGAGAUCUGAGGGGCUGUACUUGCCCUGGCACAGAUGCACACUUCACCCUGAGAAUGAUUGAGCUCAGAGACUCCAGAACUACAAGCGAUAAGCAAUAAGAGAUCCAGGAGGCUCUGAAAACCACUAGGCAAAGUGGUAAUACUGAGAGAACCCAACUCCCACCUAAGAACCCUGACAGUGACAUCUUAUUGCAGAACCUAUAAAUGCUGCAUCAAGUCUCUUCCACUCUGUAUAUAAUAUAUAUAACUACAAAUAUGUAAAUGCAUAUUCUGCCACCGGGUGUCUGUGACAUCAUCACUCAGGGCAAACCUAUUCAGGUAAAGCCACUCAGUGACCUCAUGCCAGGGCUUGUAUGUCACCAAAAUCAGUUUUUGAUUAACCCAACCCUGCAAGUCCACUGCAGGACCAUAUAUCUCUCCCAGUGAACAACACUUCAGGAGUUGGGUAAUUGUCACAGUCACAUCAUCUCAUCUCCUCUAUUUAGAAUUAAGCAGAGUGAAUACAUCAGCAUUUAUAUACCUCUUUAACAGAUGUGUCAUGAGUGUACAGAUGAAAGAGAGCAAAAGGUGCAGACUCAACAGAAGAAUUGUUGCAAGUAGCUAUUUAAUGACAUGCUAUGUGCAUUUUUAAUGUAACAGAUAUGAAAUAUUCAUUUUUUCUGUGUCUUUCACAAUACCUAUGAUCUGAUACCUUUAGAAGAAAAAAAAAAAAAAACAAGCAGAGCUCAUAAAUAGAAGAAGAAAGCACAGGGUGUUAUAUACAAUAAAGGAUGCAGAUUUUUUUUUUUUUUUACAUUCUGGAAAUUGAUAGCAUGCCAAAGCUUGUAAAAAGAAAAGAGAGUGUGUGUUUAUAACAAGAGCAUGGGGAGCAGUCAUUUAUCAAGUCGAAAGAGAACGGAGUCGCUUUCAAGAGUAAAGGAAAGGAGGCCGCUUCUUCCAAAGACAGAUGAGAGCAUAGUAAGGGUACAGUAUUUUCAAAGAAUAGGCUGCAUCAGUUUAUGACAACAGCUAAUUACAGCUUUUUCAAGAGAGUAGGGUGCACAGAAUGUAGUAUUACUUUAUAAAGAGCGAUCAGGGCACAGCUUUUUAGAGAGAAUGAACAGGAUAAGGUGUUGCUAUUUACAGAAAUAACAGCAAAAAAAAAAAAAAGGCACAGGGUGCAGAUAUUUACAGAGAAGAAAAGGUGCACAUUUCAGAGAGUAAGCAGGGCUUAUCAAUAAGCAUGACAUUGCCUUUAGGAGCGCAAGAAGGCCAUAGCUCGAAACGCAGAGAGAUAAAAGUCAUAAUCGUUUAUGGAGAGCUUAGUACAAGAGAUAUAAGUGUGCCCAUCCGCGCCUAUUCUCUUUUUCCACUGCUCAUCCUCUCAUCAUGUGUGUAUAUAUAUAUAUAUAUAUAUAUAUAUAUAUAUUUAUAAAUCUGUGUGUACGACGUCCACCCCCACAUCCAGCCUCCGGGCUAUUCUAUGUCCUUUGCUCUGCCUGCACCAUUUCUGUCCUACGCAGUACAAACUUCACAGGAACCUCUGGCAGCUACAGUAGCUCUAUUAUUACCCUUUCAGCGCUGAACAAGAGUUCUAAUAAUGGUGUAAAUAUACUCCGGUGUUUAAAUAUCUGUGAAAGUUGUCAUUAAGAUAAUGUGUGUCAAAUAUAUAAGUGUAUGAAAUAUGUCCCUUACAUAGCAGGCCUAUAGCGAACUGCACUUUUCAUGCUUCUCUCUAUUCUUUAUUAUUACUGUGUCACACAUUGAGAUCUGAUGAAUAAUUCAUUUGUCUUCUCCCACAAAUAUUUUCCAGCUCUCUUGUACAAUGUCACCUGUUAAUUCUCAUUUUCUCUCUUUGCUGUGUCCUUCAAUUGUCCUUUGUUCUUCCCUUUUCUUCUCCUAUACUAUUUAUUUGCCUUUUCCUUUUUGUUUUAAUUUCUGAAUCUAAUUUAGUUGAUCUGCAAUCUUAUAUUAUUUUCCAAUUAUUUUCUCAGUACAUUUUUCCUGACCAUGGUUAUUUAGGGGCCGACUUAUCCCCAUUCACAUCUUAGGAUGCGGAUGGGAUGUGAUAAAAAAGACCCAAUCAGCAAUGCGAAAAUUGAUUACUUUGCAUGGAUGUAUCAAUUAUCGCAUGCAGGGACACCCCAAUCUAGCAUGCGCCACCACCACAUCGACACCCCCUUCCCUGUCGUGACUGCCCCCCUUCCCCCACGCCACGGACCUCAACCGGUGUUCAUACUCACCAAAACCAGGGGAUCAUUGAGUUGAGCUCCUGGACAGCUGCUGGUCAUCGGGGCUACCUGCUGCUGUGAUCUCCGGUGCUGUAAAGUGAGCUGCCAUUUUGCAGCAUCACUUAAUUGCACCAGGAAUCACAGAAGCAGCAGAGAGCCGCGGAUCACAGGUCCCUCAGUAAGUGAGUAUGUUUAUUUAUUUAUUUUGUCAGCUUGUGUGUGCUUAUCACUCGUCUCACUGCAGUGUUGUUGUUGUUUUUUUUUUUAUUAAAUCUGGUCAGAUCGCAUUUCCCAUUAUAAGAAUGGGAAAUGCAAUCUUGCUUAUUAAAAAAAGUGAAUUAGAGUGUUUGGAGCAGUUUUUCAUGAAAACUGCUUCAAAAUCCCUUUACAGGUUGAGUAUCCCAUAUCCAAAUAUUCAGAAAUACGGAAUAUUCCGAAAUACGGACUUUUUUGAGUGAGAUAGUGAAACCUUUGUUUUUUGAUGGCUCAAUAUACAAACUUUUUUUAAUACACAAAGUUAUUAAAAAUAUUGUAUUAAAUAACCCCCAGGCUGUGUGUAUAAGGUGUAUAUGAAACAUAAAUGAAUUGUGUGAAUGUACACACGCUUUGUUUAAUGCACAAAGUUAUAAAAAAUAUUGUCUAAAAUGACCUUCAGGCUGUGUGUAUAAGGUGUAUAUGUAACAUAAAUGCAUUCUGUGCUUACAUUUAGCUCCUUAUGGUAUGCAAUUAUUCCAAAAUACGGAAAAAUUCGAUAUCCAAAAUACCUCUGGUCCCAAGCAUUUUGGAUAAGGGAUACUCAACCUGUAAUACAUUCAGGUGAUACUAAAAUAAUGUGAAGUCAAUUUUUUUUUAAAAUAAAUAUGCCCCUUAGUGUU